CAGCACGACUGCACGCACGCCAAUUGACAGGCACAGCCAUGCUCCGCCCGGCUGCCUCGCCCUGGAGAAGUGUCGCGCACCGCGCUGGUGCUGCGACCGCGCGAAGAAGAUGCAUCAACAUCUCCGCGACGAACUCGUCUACCGAGCCUGCCCUCGACCAGCAGGUGAACAUGGAUGCUGCGGCAACACCAGUAGUCUCGCCUGAUGCUCACUUCGAGGUCAUUGGCACACCCUUCUCCCUCCUCUCCGUCUCCCUCUCCGCUUCGCAAACCCUCUUCACCCGCCGCGGUACCUUGAUCGGUCUGAACGGCAAGUCAGAGAACACAUUAUCGACCCUUUCUUUCCUCGAGCCGUUCAGGCGCGCGCCCGUCGGCAUUCCCUUCCUCUACCAGAAGAUUUCCUCCACCACACCAGUCACGGCCCUGGUCUCUACCAAGUCGCCCAUAUCUAGCAUUGUCACAGUCAACCUCGACGGCAGGCAAGACUGGGUCAUCAGCCAGAGACAGGCGCUGCUGGCAUGGACAGGUCACACCCUGAGCCUGAAGCCGCAGUACAACGUGAAGCUAGGUCUGGCGCAUUGGGGGAACACGUACAUCACAGGACGUGGACUGCUCGCGCUCGCAGGGAGUGGUCAGAUCUACCAGGUGCAGCUGAAGGCUGGCGAGAGCUAUGUUGCGCACCCAGCCAACGUUGUAGCGUACACAACAUCCGCAACACCGCCGAUGCCCUUCCGCUUCAAGUCGUCCAACUUCCGCUUCCAGGUCCCUGAUCUUGGUUUCGGGUCUUUCGUACAGAACGCCAAGUUCUUCAGGAUCAUGAGCCAGACAACGACAUGGCGCGCAGUCUCAACAACAUGGUACACCCUCAAGACAUGGAUGCGGCGAUCCAUUUGGGGCGACAGGUUAUUCCUCCGCUUCGAGGGCCCAACAACAAUGCUCCUCCAGUCUCGAGGCUCGCGUGUCAGUGAUGUUCUAACACUCAGGGAUAUCAACGAGAUCGCCGAGAGCCAGCCCGGCGCCGUGCAAGAUGCCGUCGGCCGCAAGAUCCAGGAGGAGAUCAAGCAGAUUGGCGCAGGUACAACCGCACCUGGGGUCCAGGACAGUUCAGUAGGCGCCGUGAAGUAUGCAACGAUCAGGAGUGGGAAGGCAGUUUUUGAAGGCCCCAAAACACCAGCAUCGUAAGAUGCUUUGUAUUAUAUGUAGAGCGUUUGGCAUGUCUCCUUAGGCAAGGAGCGUUGAACAAGCGAAAGAUCUACUCUCGCGUUUUCUUGGCUACAACCACGUUCACGGAUGGCUGUUCCAGUACGAACAUCCAAGCUUCAAAGCUCUAACAGAAAUUUGUUAAUAUUUCC